AUGAAGUUGUCCGUUCAGUUCAAUGACAAGACCAAGCAAAUCACAUAUGAACCUGCGUCGGACCCUCUAGACUUGAGAGAUCUCACACAGAGAAUAUGUAUACAGUUUAGUAUCACUUCAUUCUCUGACUAUGCUUUGACAACCUCUACAAAUGGUACUCUAAUCGAAAGAUCAAACUUAUUCCUAGUCACUGAUGGAUGUCACUUGAUACUCAAGCCAAGGAGUACUAUUCCUCAACCUGCUACAGGUCAAUCAGUACCAACCCUUGGUUCAUCAUCAGUUGCACCAUCAGCAACAACACCAACACCGAAGCCAGCACCAAUGCCAUCAGCAGUACCAACGCCAGCACCAUCAGUAACAACACCCAAGCCAGCACCAACGCCAUCACCAGCACCAGCACCAGCACCAGCACCAGUUCACACAUCAACAUCACCAUCACCAAUGCCAACAUCACCUCAAUCACAUACAACUAGCCCUGGAGUCACUGGAGCAACUUCACCAAACCCAAUGUCCACCUCUGGUAGCACACCGACCUCGCCCGGAGCACAACAACAAACAACAUCACCGAUGCCAAUCACAUUCACCUCAGUCGAGUCGGCACUGUCCUCACUCAAUGACCUGUCACUAAAGAAGAAGGCACUGUUCCAUCUGAAGGACCUGCUCAAGGAUGAGACCAGCACGCGUCGGUUCCUUGAGAAGGAUGGUAUACGUUUGAUCGAGGAGCAGAUGAAUGAUCUCACUGGAAACACAAUGGCCUAUGCGCUGAUCGCCAUUCACUCGGCAUGUCAAUAUGACUUUGCCACCGUGUCGCUGCCCAUGACCCUCGUCAAACGCCUGUUGGUCAUGAUUGCCGACCCCAACCUGAUACCAUCGAUCACCAAGACCUGUCUCUCCAUUCUCACACAGUACUGCACGGCCAAGCCAAAUGGCCAGCGCGAGCUCUUUGAUCAGUAUCUCAAGCUGACGCCCGCCACCAGUGGUCAAUAUCAAACACUCUAUGCCAACAUACUGGCAUUGCUCUCAUCGUCCACGGUGGACAUUCAACUCAAUGCACUUGCCCUAAUCAAUGGAACAUUGGCCAAGUCACAAUCUGAUGAGCUCAUCACAGUCUUUUCCAAACUGGACGAACUCGAUAUCAACACCAAGCUCAGGCGACUCUAUGAAUCAAAUGUAUCACAUGAGUUGAAGAAACAACUCUAUGUUUACCAGAAACACAAACUAUCAUUGAUCAAACAAAGAAAGAAUGUAUCUUAUAGCAAGGAAUCACAGGACCAUGAAGCAUUGCUGAUGAAGUUGUGGACGACAACAUUCCCAAGUGUCAAGUUGGAGAGUAGAGUGUCGGAGCAAUGGAAGAUAUUGGGAUUCCAGGGAACAGAUCCGGCCACAGACUUUAGAGGCAUGGGCGUGUUUGGUCUGGACAACCUGAUCUACAUCGCAGAGAAUCACACCGAGCAGUUUAGAAAGUUGAUCAGUAGUCAGGUCGAGAGGAAGGAGCGUGACUACCCAGUGGCGGUGGCCGGUAUCAACCUCACACAGAUGCAUGUUCUUUGA